AUGAGCAUCUUCUCAUGGCAAAGCCACCAAGAGCUCAGCGUCCUCAACCAGUUUUCAGCAACAUCAAAGAUCAAUCAGUAUAAGAGAUCAGGAGGAGGUUGUGGCGGAGCAAACAGCAGCGGAUAUAACAUCGACCUGUUUUCUCAAAAGGUCGGGCCGAGACCGGCGGAGGAAAUUUUCUGGUACACAUAUAUCACCGUCGGAACCCCCCCUCAACAGUUCCAACUUCUCUUCGACACUGGAGCUCAACACAUCAUUAUUCCCAGCCAGAAUUGCACCACAUGUGGAAAUGCAACGCUCUUCAAUUGGUCAGUCUCCAGCACGUUCUCGGACCAGCCUAGCAUCGACACGCUCAUUGGUUUUGGGAAUGGUGCACUUGCGAACUGCACUGUUAUCACUGACGCGGUUCGCCUAGGUGGCCGGACGGUCCUGGCACAGGAGUUUAUGCUUUGCUACACAUAUUCGGAACACUUCCACGAGCUGGCCGGAGACGGCAUAUUCGGCUUAUCGCCGAGUGCCACAAGUGCAUGGUACCCAACGGGCAAUGAGUACACCACCUUCUACUGGGGUCUUAUCAGCCAAGGUCAGCUAAGCAGCCCGGAAUGGGGUUUGGCUUUGGUCAAGUGCGGUAACCAUGCACGAGAUGGCAUACUCACUAUCGGCGGUACAGACAUAAGUCUCUACCAUCCCAACACCCUUAAAGCGGUUCCUCUCAGCUGGCCACUGUCUGAGGUCACGCAGUGGUGGGUCCUUGACAUUUCCGGGGUGUGCAUUAAUGGCGUCUUUCCUGUUCCCAACACAACAAAUUCAGUCACCUUGGUCGAUACCGGCAGCUACAAUGUUGUCGCUCCAGAUUACGAGACUGCAAAAGCUUUGUUCGCCCUCAUCUCGCCUUUGAUUAAACGGAUCGACAGCGAGAGAGGGGUCUGGGGCGCACCGUGCACUCUACUCGAUGCCGUGGCUAAGGAUGUGGUCUUCCACUUUGGCUCCGGCUCCCAGGUUUUUGAUGCAGUGCUGGAGAAGAAGUACUUCAAUAUGGGCCCAACCCCAGGGAAGCCGGGAUGGUGCUCAGCUAUUAUCGCUGAUCCAGGUAGUGAUUAUAAGAUGCGGGAGCCAAUUGCUCAGCGGCGGGCUUGGAUUCAUGGAAACAAGAUCCUGAAACCAUAUUACACAGUGUGGAACGGAGUCUCUCGCACAGUAUCCUUUGCAAAGCUUAAGACCUGA